AUGCUACAAAGCAUCUUGAAGUUUUUUGAACACGCCAAUUUGGAGAAAAAUGCUACACAAGAUCGAAAAGACUGGUUACAUCGAAUCAACAGCAACACUGGCGAUUUUUACAAUCACUCCGCGAAGUUCAUAACCAAGAAGUGGCUUCGAGGAGACGAAUGGGGUGCUGAAGAUGCAACCAAUCGACUUCGAACAUUGUACCCCAAGGUGAGAUCGUGCGAUCGUCUUGUAUAUAUUAUAGAGGUUGACGAACUCCAGAUGAUGAAGCUGGACUCUCCGGACGGCCCGGACUCGACUGGAACUAUACAAAAUCUGGUUGAUUGGGCAGGGGCUAAACUCGAUGCUUGCUUAAAUGAUCCUCCUAGUUUUACACGCGUUGCAGAGACAAUGUUAGCAUACGGUCAAUAUGGAGGAGAUCUGGAAUAUUGUGCUCAGGCCCUAGAGAAGGAUCAAAACUACUGGAAAGCUAUAUGGUAUCCAAUCAGGGCAUCACGCGAGACGGCCGACCCGACUCACUGCCUAAGAUAG